CCCCUCCCGCCUCCAGUCGUUCCCUAGCUCUGGUCUCGGCGCGGCCCGUUGUUAUGACGACACGGUCGUAAAUCCGCCAUCUUCCUGCGGCGCGUUGCGACAUGGAGGGCGCGAUGGCAGUGCGGGUGACGGCCGCUCAUACGGCAGAAGCCCCGGCCGAAGCCGGGCGGGAAGUGGGCCAGGGCGGGGUCGCCGAGGCAGCGGCGGUAGCGGCCUUGGCCCCUGGCGGCUUUCUUGGCCUCCCGGCGCCCUUCAGCGAAGAAGAUGAGGAUGAUAUACACCGAUGUGGUCGCUGCCAGGCGGAGUUCACUACCUUGGAAGACUUUGUUCAGCACAAGAUUCAGAAGGCCUGCCAACGGACCCCUCCAGAGGCCUUGCCUGCCACCCCUCCCACCACCUCUCUGCUGGGCCAGGAGGUGGUGCCGGUGGCGACUGGCCCAGAGGAUCCCAUUACUGUGGCCCACAUCGUGGUGGAGGCAGCCUCUCUGGCAGCAGACAUUGGCCAUGCACCGGAUCUCAUUGGUAAGCCAGGCAUGGCCAUGGUUGGUGGCGGGCAUAUCAAAGAGGUCAUUGUGGCUGCUGAAGCAGAGCCGGGAGACAGUGAAAUGGCAGAGCCCCCUGGCAGUCCCCACCGACGGGGGCUGGGGCUUACUGGGGAGGGCGAGCAGGCGCAGGUCAAGCUAAUGGUGAAUAAGGACGGCCGCUACGUGUGCAUGCUGUGCCACAAGACCUUCAAGACGGGCAGCAUCCUCAAGGCCCACAUGGUCACCCACAGUAGCCGCAAGGACCAUGAGUGUAAGCUCUGUGGGGCCUCCUUCCGCACCAAAGGCUCGCUUAUUCGGCAUCACCGUCGGCACACAGAUGAGCGCCCCUAUAAGUGUGCCAAGUGUGGAAAGAGCUUCCGGGAGUCAGGUGCGCUGACUCGGCACCUCAAGUCUCUCACCCCAUGCACAGAAAAAAUUCGCUUCAGCAUGAGCAAGGAUGUGGUUGAAGGCCAAGAGGAUGUACCUGCAGGAUCUGGAGCCUCUACUGUGGGGACAGUUACAUCAUCAUCGGCGACAGGGGAGCCUAUGGAGACUUCGCCCGUGAUUCAUCUGGUGACAGAUGCUAAGGGAACUGUCAUCCAUGAAGUCCAUGUCCAGAUGCAGGAAUUGCCCCUGGGCUUAAAAGCCCUGGCUCCAGAGCCUCCAGUCCCUGAGGAGCUUCCAUGUCCGGGCGAGGGCAGCCGUGAGAACCUGCUGCACCAGGCCAUGCAGAACUCUGGCAUCGUUCUGGAGCGGGUUGCGGGGGAGGAGGGUGCCCUGGAACCAGCCCUGCCUGCUGGAUCCAGUCCCCAGCCCUUGGGAGAUGGAGCUCCAGAACUGCCACUGCUGGAGGUGCAGCCGAUGGAGACAGGAACCUACCAGGAUGGGGCCCAUGGUUGUGUCCUUGUUACUUCUGGGGCACAGCCUACAGUGGGUGCUGGAGGCCUGCCUGUGGUGCCCCAGCAGGUGGCUAGCGAGGCCUCAGCUGUGCCCAGGACCCACCCAUGCCCUCAGUGCAGCGAGACCUUCCCAACGGCAGCCACCCUGGAGGCCCACAAGAGGGGCCAUGCAGGGCCGAGGCCGUUUACCUGUACACAGUGUGGCAAGGCUUUUCCCAAGGCCUAUCUGCUCAAGAAGCACCAGGAGGUACAUGUGCAUGAGCGCCGCUUCCGCUGUGGGGACUGUGGAAAACUUUACAAGACCAUCGCCCAUGUGCGUGGCCACCGGCGUGUCCACUCAGACGAGCGGCCCUACCCUUGUCCCGAGUGUGGCAAACGCUACAAGACAAAGAAUGCCCAGCAGGUACACUUCCGGACACACUUGGAGGAGAAGCCGCAUGUGUGCCAGUUCUGUAGCCGCGGCUUCCGGGAGAAGGGCUCGCUGGUGCGGCAUGUGCGCCACCACACAGGCGAGAAGCCCUUCAAGUGUUACAAGUGUGGCCGUGGCUUUGCGGAGCAUGGCACACUCAACCGGCACCUGCGCACCAAAGGGGGCUGCCUGCUAGAGGUGGAGGAGUUGCUGGUGUCUGAGGAGAGCCCUUCAGCGGCCACCACUGUCCUUGCAGAGGACCCACACACCGUGUUAGUGGAGUUCUCAUCUGUGGUGGCUGACACCCAGGAGUACAUUAUUGAGGCCACUGCAGACGAUGCUGAGACCAGUGAAGCCACAGAGAUCAUUGAGGGCACGCAGACAGAGGUGGACAGCCAUAUCAUGAAGGUGGUACAGCAGAUCGUGCACCAGGCCAGUGCUGGGCAUCAGAUCAUUGUGCAGAAUGUGACCAUGGACCAGGAGGCAGGGCUGGGCCCAGAAGCAGCUGCUGCUGACACCAUCACCAUUGCCACUCCUGAGAGCCUGACAGAGCAAGUGGCCAUGACGCUGGCCUCAGCCAUCAGUGAAGGCACUGUGCUCACAGCCCGAGCAGGUGCAAAUGGCACUGAACAGGCCACAGUGACCAUGGUGUCAUCAGAGGAUAUUGAGAUUCUUGAGCAUGCCGGUGAGCUGGUCAUUGCCUCACCAGAGGGCCAGCUGGAGGUGCGGACUGUUGUUGUCUAGCAUGGAGUCUGUGGGUCCCUACUGGGCUGGAGUGGGGUCAAAGACUCUAAGUACCCUGCCUGUGCCUGUAUGGCCUGAUAAGAGAAGAAGGUGGCACAGAACUCAGAUGUUCAGAGAAGGAGUGUAAAUACAGUUUGUUGCUUUACAAUAAAACAUGCAAACCUGCAGCUUGUGAUGUUGCGGCAGUGACAGCUCCAAGGCUGGCUCACCACCUUGGCAGGUUCCCUGGAAGCAGCAUUUGCCUGCCUAGGCCACUCCUAGACUCAAGUGUGUGUCCACCCCGCCCAGGGGCUCUUGCCAGCCCUGGUGGCAACUUGGUGGUGUGUGGGUGUCGCUGGCAUGUUAACAGGCAGCCACUGCCCUGUCCUGCCCAGCUGGACCUGUGACCUGGCUUCCUCAGGCCUGCUGUAUGGUGGGCAGAGGGUGCUGCGGCCCGGACUUCAGCCCUGGGGGUGCUGUGCAGGUGGGCGGAGCAGCCUUGGCUUGUUACCCGGAGGAGUGGAUGUGGCUGGAUGCCAGCUGGGCUCUCCUGAGUGUUCUCUUGGUUUUCCUAAGUUGAUGUAGCUCUAGCAGGCAGAUCUGGGAGCUUCAUCCUCUGCUGACCCUCUGUUAGCCCUGAUGCUGCCCUUGGGGAGCUGGCAGGGACUUCUAGGCUGUUUCUGGGACUAGGUCUGGGGCACUAGAGUUGGGUUAGUCAGAUCCUUUGCCUCUUGACGUCUGGGUCUCCAGGGAAAAGAGAGCCCUGUUUUCCAGCAUCCAGCUUCAUUGAGGGGGCGGGACCCAGCACAGCUGGCUCCUCCCUGGACUAGGGCCUCAAAUACCUGUGGUGCCCUGGUCCCAGAGCUGCUUCCAGACCAAGUUUGGGCAGUAGGUCCUGUGCUGGCACAUGUUCCCAGGCUGGACCCAGGAUCCCUACUGGACCAGGCCUUUAAGCCUCUGUGAUUGCUUCAACCACAUCCUAGGUGAGUCUUGGGCUGGGGACUGGACAGAAUGAGGGUUUGGCUUUUUGGGCUUCAGUUUGCCCACACAGCGUCAAAACACCAGGGGCCCAGGGCACAGCAUGCUACCCUGGGGAGAUCUGGUGAAGACAGGCAGGCGGAGGAUGGGCCUUCCCACAGGCCAUCCCUACCGGGCUGGUGAUGAGCAGGGGAGGGAUUUGUGUGCCUAACUCCAGGU